AUGAAAAGACACUUCCAGAAUGAAGUAAAAAUAAUAACAUCAGAUAAAUUAUCUAAUCUAAGAGGAGGUGGGUGCGUAGGUUCAAAGUAAUAGAAUCAGAAUCCAUUCCCUGUGAAAAAUUAAGACGCACAUCUAAUAGAGAACUUACCUAAAGAUUUUUUAGAGAAUAUGAGACAAAGAUCAAAAAUAAUAAUGCAAAUUGCUAAAACAAUAAACGAAGAAAAUCAAAGGGCAGAAUUUUCUAUUUGCUAUUAAUGGCUAUAUGAUUCUAGAGAAUAAAUUCAUUGGAUAGGAGAAAAGGAGAAUUCAUAAUUAUUUUAUGAUUGCAUUUUAGAAUGUUUCUUAUAAUUGUUGACAUCCGCUUUAAUUUAUGUAAGGACAUCAGGAUUAUAUUGUUUUUAUCUUUUGAAAAUAUGCUCAGAUUUAUCCAAAACCAUAUUUAAUUUUUAUAGACAAAACAAUGAUAGACAUAUGAAGAAGGAAGAUAAGAAGAAUAUUUUAAACACAAUUAAGGAAUUAGAAUCUCAUGUAUCAGUAGAAGCCUAUACACUUUGGUAAAAUGGGAUCAACUACCAUAUCUCAAUUGCCAAAGCUGCUAUUUAGCUAAUUCCUGUAGAUGGAAAUUUCCAACUUUUUUAGUUAUUUGUGAAAGGUUUGAUUACAUCUGCUGCAACUCUUACUCCAAGUGAUGAUUUCAUUAAGUUCUUAUUUAAAGCUGCUGAAGAAAUCUAUGAUAAAUACAAAGAGUAUAAAAGCGAAAAGAUAUAUGAAAAAUAUUACAAUUUUGAAUGUUUGAAAUGGUCAAUGAUUGCCUAUCUAAAAAAUAAAGACCAAGGAAUUAACAGAGUAGUCAAAUAACUAGAAAAAAUAUAUGAAGAACAAAUUAGAGAAUCUAAAAGUUCCACUAUCCAUUUCUUAUGGAUAUAUUUCCUAUCUGAUUUGUUGCUUUUUCGCCCAAUUAUAUAAAAAUAAGAUUGGAUCAAAUACUAAUCAAAUUCGCAAACUAGCUUAGAAACUUGGGAAUCAUUUAUUACUUAAUACAAUUUAAAACCUUUACCUUACGAUUCUAAUUCCAUUAAACUAAACUUAGAGUUUACAUUAGAUAAAAAAGUAAAACCGAUAUUGUAGUAAUUUGGCUUAUACAAUUUUAAAUCUCUAUCCUUACUAUUGAUUGAGAAGACCAAAACCUUAAAAUUCAAUGCAUUAGAUUACUAUGUCACUUUUCAUUUUUCAACCCAUUCAAAACUAUUCAAUUCAAUAGAUCCUUUCAUUUCAGAAAUUUAUUAAUUGCUUUUUCAAAAUAAAGAAAAUUAAAACUAAAAUAUAAGAAUUAUGAAUCUAGAAACUCACAAUUCUUAAUUGGAGGAAAACAACCAAAGACUUAUAGAAUUAGUAAGCACCAUUUAAUAAUAAAAGGAGGUGAUUGAGCAAACUCAAGAUUUGUAAGUCAUCAUUCAAAAAAAUGAGGAUUUGAUAUAUCACUCUGUACCACUCCUCUUGUAGUUAAUAAGUGUUUAAACAAAAUUAAGUGGAUCAUAUCAUGUUAUUAAGUUGUAAUUAACUUCAUAUAAUCAUUCAUCCUCUAAUCCGCAUAUUGAAAACUUAAUUCAAACACAAACAUCUUUAACCGAUUUUGAAUCUUCCUUUUCAAACAUUUGGACUAAAUUAGCUAAGUCUAUAUCUUAAGAUAAAAUCUUUCUUGAUUCCCUAAGUUUAAAAAAUAUAAGUAAUUCAACUUAUAUAUCUGAUACUUCCUUAUAGUAUCAUAUCUACUCUGAAAUUAUUGAAGAUUAAAUAGAAAAAGUGAAGAAUUAAAGCAAAAGGUAAAUAUAAGAUCAAAAUUUGAUUUAUUAGGAACUCAUUGCAAUUUAGCUAUAGUUUGAGUCACAUACUAUUCCUCUUUUAAAUAAUAAACACUCCAAAAUUAAUUAUGAAAACAUAUUCUCAUUUUUAAAGUAAAUAGAAAAUAUAUAAUGGAAUUAAUUAAUGAAUUUAGAAGAAACAAAAUAGGACUUGUAAUACAGUCUAUCGGUUGAUAACUUCAAGUAAAAGGAAAUUACUAUGAUUUAAUUUUCUGUAAAACUUUCAACAUUUUGUAGACAAGUUGAAUUAUUUAAUAAAAUAUUAGAUAUGUUUAGACAAGAAUAUUUAAGUAUCAAUAAAUUAAUUCAAAAACAAUCUGAGAUUGUCAUUAUAUCAUAAAUGGAAUCAAAAAGAGAAUGCAUAUUAAUAGAAAAGUUCAAAUUAAGUUUAGAUGAGUAUUUCUAAUUUAUGAUAAGUGCCUUAUAAAAAUAAUCUAAUAUGUUUGAUGAAAGAGAGAAAUUUGAAAAGAGCAAGACCAUUCUAAUGUAGCAUUAUCGAUUAUAAAGUGAAUUAAAAUAGCAUCUAUCAAAAUUCAAUGAUAAUUUCAUAGGAGUUCAUUCCUUAUCUGAAAAAGCCAAUCCAUUGAAAUCACUAUACUAAACAGUCAAGAACAUCGAUGUAAUUGAAUCAUUAAUUAAUUUGGCUGAUCAAAAUGCGUUUAAUUCUGAAAUUUAAGAUAUCUUAGUCCUAUUGUCAACAUUGCAAUAAGAUCUUCUUAAAAUAGAUUGUAAUGACGUACAGGACCUACAAUAAAAUGAACUUGAUUUAUAUUACAAAGAAAUACUAACUAAAUUAAAGGGAGAUAUUGAAAUACUUGAUGAGAUUAUAGAGAGAGGCAAUAUAAAUAAAGAGUUAAUUUAUAAAUUAAUCACUAAAUGUUAAGAUACUCAAAAAUUAAUGAAUAAAUUCUAAGAACUUCAAAAGUUUGUCAACAAAAAAGAAAUUGAUCAGACUAGUUGGUAAUAGAUAGUAUAUAACUUUAAAUAAGAAUUAAAUAAUUUAUAUAUUAGUGAAAUAGUCGAAUUGAUGGGAAAAAUCAAAACAAAGUCAUUAUUUGAAAUGCUAAACAAUUUGGAUUAUGACAUGGAAUUUUUAAAUGCAACAUUAAAAUAUUUGAAUGAAGAUUUGUUCUAAGAAAGCAUCGAUACAAUUUAAUCAUCUGAGUAAUACAUAAAGAAAUUAGUAUAAAAGCAAUUAGAACAAAUCAAAGACUUUAUCAAUAAUUAUGAAUAUCAAAUAAGAGAAUGCUUGGUAUUUUAAUUGCUUGAAAUACAGAGCUUAUCAGAAGAAUAAUAAAUCUAAUCCUAUGUGACAGAACUACUCAUUUAAGUAUGGGGCAUAGAAAAAGAUCAAAGAGUAAGAGCACUCUUGAAAAAUAAAGAGAUAAUAUCAUUACAGCAAUAGUUGUUUUCAAGAAACUAAGUUACAAUUAAUGAGAAGUUAAGAAAGGCAUUUUAAAUGAAAUUAAAAUACAUUAAUGAAUUAGAAUAAGAGAUUAGAUAAGAGAUUGACGAAGAUAGUAGAAAUCAAAAAAUAUCAACAAUGCAAUCUGAGUAUUAAUAAUUUUAGGAGUUUCUUGGGAAUAUAAAUGAGAUGCAGUAAUUGUUAAACAUUACAUUGUACUUUUUAGUAGAUAUUAAAAAAGAUUUAGGAUAGAUAAUGAAUAAAUUGGAAAAUCUUCAGAAUACUAUAAAUAUAAUAGGAAGAGACAUUUCUAUCCUUAGAGGCAAGUCCUUUUAAUAACUCCUUGAUUUAAGAAAGUAGACUGUUCUUUUAAAUAAGAAGAAAAUGGAUUUAACAAAAAUAUUUGUUCCGCUUUAUGGCAGAGAGAAAUCAAAUGGUGUAGAAUCUAAGUUGAUACCCAUGUUCGAUGAUGAUAAUUAAAAUAAGAUUUCAAUAGUCAAUAACUUUAUAUGGCAUGAUCAUUAAGGAAAAGAGUACAAAGAUUAAUCAGAUGUGUUGUUGAUACAUGGCUAAGCAGGAUCUGGCAAAAGUACGAUAGCCAGGAAAAUAGAAGAAUAUCUUUGGGAAUAAUAGCAAUCACAACAUAACAAGGAACAAAUACUAAUACCAAUCUUUGUUUCAUUGCCAAGUUUAAAGGAUCCUUUGCAUAGUGCUAUUGAAGAGACACUGCAAUCAGAACAAUUAUCCUUUGAUAAAAUUUAAAUUAACCAAUUAAAAGAAGAAGUACAAAAAGGUAAGAUGUCUCUUAUUAUAAUUAUGGAUGGAUAUGAUGAAUUAAAAACUGAUUAUUCACAAUAGAAUUUAUAUGUUCUUAAUAGAUUAAAUGAAAUAUGGAGAAAACCAAAAGUUAUCUAUACAUCAAGAACUGAAAUCUUGAAUUCAAAUCUAUAUCAAACAUGGUUUGAAGGCAAUGGAAAAUUGAAGGAAGUGGAAUUGUAAUCAUUUUCAUCUUUAUAACAAAAUCAAUACUUUAAAAGUUUUGUACUUUAAUUAGUUAAAUAAAAAAUCCUCACAUUUUAUGAAUAUUGCAUAUAAAGUGAACGAAGACUGUUUAACUUUGAAGAAUUUGAAAAAAUAUGGUUGCCAAUUAAUGAAAUGAUUGUAUCAAAGAGUCUGGAAGGCAAAAACUUUAUGAAUUUAUUUUUAAAUAGGAAUCAAAUUACUUCAAUUAUAAAUUCAAUCACAUAAAAUCCUAAAAUAGAAAUAAGAUAAGACCAUCAUGAAGAGUUGCUCUAAAGUUUAUAGAAAGAACUAUCAGAUAUCUGGAGUGCCAAUCGAUAUAUAGAGAUUAUGGAUGAAAUUAAUAUUAGAAGUAUUGUGUAAAUGCCAUUUAUGCUUGAAAUAGUCGCUUAAAUCUUUCCUAAAUUGACAUCUGCAACCUCAGAUAUCAAUUAAGUUAAAAGUAAUUUCAUAAAAAGUUUUGUUAACUUAAAAGAAUAAUAAUAUUUGAUUAAGAAAUACUCCCAAAACUUAGAUUAAGUAUUCGAUAUUGAAGUUGAAUAGUUGUGUGCAUUGAAUCACUGGAAACAAUUGGAAAUGAAAUCAAUCUUUUAAAAUUAUUCUCCUUUGAGUUAAAUUAAAAUUGAGAAAAAACUCUUAGUGAUUAAUGAUUAAUCCUUUGAUUUUGGAUAAGAAGCACAAUUAAUCAAAUAAGCUUUAAAGAAUUAGAAUUAUACACCAUACGCCUUUUAUCAAGCUUUCAUUGAUUACUAUCACAAUUAAUAAGUGCAAAAACUAAAAAUGAUUGGCAAAGCAAUUGAUUAGGAAAUCUUCUUUACAGAUCUAUUAAAUUUUUCAUAGUCCCUUGCGUUAGAAUUAACAGAAAGGUAGCUAACUCAAGCCUAAUAUAAUAAGAAGAGUUAUGUAGAAUUUUCAAAUGACGGAAGAACUCCACAAUAUGAAUGGAUUGAUAAAUACUUUGGCCAACAAGGAAUGAUAGCAGAAUAAAAAUAUCUACUAAGAAAAUGUGCACUUCUUAAUCAGAAAGGUAAUACUAUCUCCUUUAUUCAUAAAUCCAUUUAAGAAUUUUAUGUAUCUAAAUACAUUCUUGAUUUCCUAUAUAGACUGCCUACUCUGAAUCUAGAAGAACUAAAUGUAUAUAUCAAUGAUAAAUUGCGAAAUUAAUAAGACAAAAAUAAAUUAAUUAACUUGAACAAAGAGUUUAGCAGUAUUGGCAAAGAGAAUGUAUAAAAAUUGAUUGAAUUAACUGUGAGGACAAUAUAAGAGAGCAAGUUUAACACUCUCAAUUUUUCAGAAGAAUAAUAUUAAGGAAUGAUUCACUUUUUAAAGUCUGAAAUUAGUUUAAAUUAAAGAUUAAAAGAGGUUCUAAUGGCAAUAGUAAAAUUAUCCUGCUUAGAAUAAAUCGAACAAGAGGCAGGGAAUUCUUUAUUUAUACUUAAUUAAAUAGGAGAGGUGUUUAACUAUUUAGAUUUAGGACACAUUUAAAUAAAAAAUGCCAAUCUCAAUGGUGCCUCAUUUUAUAGCACUAAAUUAAUUGAAUCUAAAAUGAAGAAUGUAAAUAUUAGUUAAUGUAAUUUCAACAGGGCUUAAUUAUAAAACUGUAGAUGGAUUGAUAUCAAUUCGAAUGAACUACCAACACUAAAAGGUCAUUCUGAUUCAGUUUCAUCAGUAGCCUUCUCUCCAGAUGGAUAAACAUUGGCUUCCGCUAGUAAUGAUUAUACUGUAAGAGUAUGGGAUACAAAAUCAGGAAAAGAGUUUUUGAAAUUAUCAGGACACACCGGUUGGGUUAGGUCAAUUGCCUAUUCUCCAGAUGGUUUAGUUAUAGCCUCUGGGAGCAGUGAUAAUACAGUGAGACUAUGGGAUGUAAGUUUUGGAUAUUUAAUAUUGAAAUUGGAAGGGCACACAGAUUAAGUACGCUCGGUGUAAUUUUCACCAGAUGGUUAAAUGAUUGCCUCUGCAAGUAAUGAUAAAUCUAUCCGUUUAUGGGAUCCUAUUUCAGGUCAAUAAAUUAAGAAGUUAAAUGGACAUGAUGGCUGGAUAUGGUCAGUAACCUUUUCAUAAGUGGGUCAUUUAUUGGCAUCUUGCAGCGAUGAUUUAACUAUAAGAAUAUGGGAUCUAAAGUAAUGUUUAGAAAUCAGAAAAUUAGAAGGACAUUCAGCGCCUGUUCAUUCAGUUGCAUUUCCACCUGAUGGUCAACUAUUAGCAUCUGGAGGUUUUGAUAAAUUAAUAAUAUUAUGGGAUAUUAAAAGUGGAAAGGAAUUAAAAAAAUUGAUGGAUCAUGAAGAUGGGAUAUGGUCUGUUGCCUUUUCGAUUGAUGGAUAGUUUUUAGCAUCUGCGAGUAACGAUACAACUAUUAGAAUCUGGGAUGUAAAGUCAGGAAAGAAUAUAUAGAGAUUGGAAGGACAUACAAAAACGGUUUACAGUGUUGCUUAUUCCCCAGAUGGUUCAAUCUUAGGAUCAGCUAGUGAUGAUUAAUCAAUAAGACUUUGGGAUACAAAAUCUGGAAGGGAAAUGAACAUGCUAGAAGGUCAUCUUGGAUUAAUCACUUCUGUUGCAUUCUCUCCAGAUGGAUUAGUCUUUGCUUCUGGUGGUGGUCAAGAUUAAUCAAUUAGAAUUUGGGAUUUGAAAUCUGGGAAAGAAUUAUGUAGAUUAGAUGGUCAUUUUGGAUGGGUAUAAUCAAUUGCAUUUUGUCCAAAAGGAUAAUUGAUAGCUUCAGGUAGCAGUGAUACAUCUGUUAGAUUAUGGGAUGUGGAAUCAGGAAAAGAAAUCCAAAAAUUAGAAGGACAUCUUAAUUGGGUGUGCUCAGUUGCUUUUUCACCGAAAGAAGAUAUAUUAGCAUCUGGAAGUGAAGACCAAUCGAUUAUAUUAUGGCAUAUUAAAACAGGAAAAGUAAUUACUAAAUUAUUAGGACACAGUGAAUCUGUAUAGUCAGUCGCCUUUUCUUGUGAUGGCUCUAGAUUAGCUUCUGCAAGUGGCGAUUCUUUGGUUAAAAUAUGGGAUCCAAAAUUAGGAGAGGAAAUAUUAGAAUUAAAUGAACAUAAUGAUUCAUUAUAAUGUGUGAUCUUUUCUCCAAAUGGACAGAUGUUGGCAUCAGCUGGAGGAGAUUAUAUCAUAUAAUUAUGGGAUGCAGUUUCAGGACAAGAUAUAAUGAAGUUAGAAGGUCAUACAGAUGCAGUAUAAUCAAUAGCAUUUUAUCCAGAUGGAAAAGUUCUUGCAUCUGGAAGUAGCGACCAUUCAAUUAGAAUUUGGGACAUAACAACUGGUACGGAAAUGUAGAAAAUAGAUGGACAUACUGGAUGUGUAUAUUCUAUUGUCUUUUCCCCAAAUGGAGAAGCAUUGGUAUCAGCUAGUGAAGACAACUCCAUAUUAUUAUGGAAUACCAAAUCGAUUAAAGAAAUGUAAUAAAUAAAUGGUGAUACUAUGUGGAUAUAUUCAGUAGCUUAAUCUCCUGAUUAGUAAUUACUGGCAUUAGCUUGUAUAGAUUACUCAAUACGAUUAUGGGACCUGAAAUCUGAAAAAGAAAGAUAAAAAUUAAUAGGACAUUCUGAUUAAGUAGAAGUAAUUGCCUUUUCUGCUGAUUGUCAAACUAUGGCAUCUGCAGGAAGAGACAAGAAAAUUAGAUUGUGGAAUCUUAAAUCAUAAAUAGAUGUUUAGAUACUAAUUGCUCAUUCAGCUACAAUAUGGUCUCUUCGAUUCUCUAAUGAUGGUUUAAGAUUAGCCUCUGGAAGUAGCGAUACUACAAUACGUAUUUGGAUUGUAAAAGAUACAAAUUAAGAAAAUGUAUUAAGAGGUCAUAAGGAGGCAAUACAAUAAGUGAUUUUUACUCCUGAAGGAAAGUUUUUGGUGUCUACAUCAAAUGACAACACUAUUAGAUAAUGGAGCCUAGAUUCAGGAGAGUAAGUUCAAAUAUUAGAGGCCAAUUUAGGGGUUGUUUGGGCAACUACUUUCUCUGCUGAUAGUUAAAUAUUAGCUAUGGUUAAUAAAAAUAAUACCAUAUUCUUCUAUUAUUUAAUAAAAGGAGAAAUAAAAAUAAUUAAAAAUAAUCUAGAUUUAAUGCAUUCUCUAUCAUUCUCGUAAGAUUCAGAAUUUUUAAUUGCCAAAAACUCUGAUUGUUCUUUACAUUUAUUGGAUAUAAAGUCAGGAUUUGUAGUAUAAUGUUUCCAAGAAUAUUAUACCCUUGCGGAAGCCUCAAAAAAUCCCUUCUUAUAACAAUUUAAAUUAUCUAAGACCUAAUUAAAUUUAUAGAAGUAAUUAAAAAAUCGCAAAUCUGUUGAAUAAUUCUCACAAUCCUUUUUAGCUAACAAUUUUUCUUGGUCAAGUAUCAGAAUGAAACUAAAUCCAAUUACAUGUUAUAAAGCAAUAGCCACAAGCCGGUUAAUAUAAGCAAAAUAAACUAUUAUAUCAAAUUCAACUAUCUUUUCAAAUUUAAGAAUUGAUUUAAUCCCAUUAUUUGAAUAAAAAAAUGAUUAGAUGUUUAUAUGA